ACGAAGUUUACCAUCCCAUGUGAAGGUUUGUAUUUUUGGAAGAUCUCAACCUCAUAACAACAUUCAAUGGUGGAAUUUUAAACUUUAAAAUAAGAAAUGGAUUGUUACGUGACUCUGAUUCUCCUCUUCUUUGGAUGCAGCUUCAACUCUUGCUCUCAGUUCCCCCUGCGAGAGUACCACUAUGUUAACAAGCUAAUGAACUGGACUGAAGCUCAGCAUUACUGCAGAGAGAAAUACACUGACCUGGCCACCAUUGAAAGCAUGGAUGACAUAAGCAGGCUAAAACCUGAUUUUUCCUAUUCGUGGGCAUGGAUAGGACUGAGGGAUGACCCAAAAUCCUGGAAGGAAUCCAUGGGCAAUGACACCAACUCCUGGAGAUGGUCAGCGACUGGUCAAACAAGCAAAACUGGUUACCACAACUGGAAUUUAGGGCAACCAUAUAGUAAAAAUGCAAAUGCCAACUGUGUUAGCAUGGACACUAAUGGAAAAUGGUAUGACACAGACUGUCAUUCACUCAGGAGUUUUGUUUGUUACGAUGUUACAAACCAAACAGAGAAAACCUAUGUGUUCAUUUCGGAUGAGAAAACAUGGAAUGAUGCUCAAGCAUACUGCAGAGAACACUACACAGACCUUCCUAUGAUCGAGAACAUCGUAGAAAACAAUGAGGUCUGUUCUGCAGUAUCAGCCGAAGUUUGGAUUGGUCUGUACCGAGUGCCAUGGACUUGGUCUGACAACACCCAAAGCUCCUUCCAAAUCUGGAAAAAGGGACAACCAAAUAAGUAUGGUGGUGACCAGUUAUGUACAGUUGAGAGUAAUCUGCAUGAAUGGAAUGACGUCACCUGUUCGGACAAGUUGCCUUUCAUCUGCCAUCAAGUAAAAUCAGAAAUGGAUUUUUACGUGACUAUGAUUCUCCUCUUCUUUGGAUGCAGCUUCAACUCCUGCUCUCAGUUCCCCCUGCGAGAGUACCACUAUGUUAACAAGCUAAUGAGCUGGACCGAAGCUCAGCAUUACUGCAGAGAGAAAUACACUGACCUGGCCACCAUUGAAAGCAUGGAUGACAUAAGCAGGCUAAAACCUGAUUUUUCCUAUUCGUGGGCAUGGAUAGGACUGAGGGAUGACCCAAAAUCCUGGAAGGAAUCCAUGGGCAAUGACACCAACUCCUGGAGAUGGUCAGCGACUGGUCAAACAAGCAAAACUGGUUACCACAACUGGAAUGUAGGGCAACCAAACAGUUACAUGGCAAAUGCCAACUGUGUUAUCAUGGACACUAAUGGAAAAUGGUAUGACACAGGCUGUCAUUCACUCAGGAGUUUUGUUUGUUACGAUGUUACAAACCAAACAGAGAAAACCUAUGUGUUCAUCUCGGAUGAGAAAACAUGGAAUGAUGCUCAAGCAUACUGCAGAGAACACUACACAGACCUUCCUAUGAUCGAGAACAUCGUAGAAAACAAUGAGGUCUGUUCUACUGCAUCAGCCAAAGUUUGGAUUGGUCUGUAUCGAGUGCCAUGGACUUGGUCUGACAACACCCAAAGCUCCUUCCAAAUCUGGAACGAGAUAUCGCCAGACAACUAUGGUGGUAACCAGUUCUGUAUAGGCGAGAGUAAUCUGCAUGAAUGGAAUGACAUCACCUGUUUGGACAAGUUCCCUUUCAUCUGCCAUCAAGUUUUAAAAUUGAAGACCGCGGUGAGGAUGAAGAUUCAGACUGAUGCUGACAUAACCGAUCCAGCUACCAACGCCCAGAUCCUCCAGCAGCUAGGUGAAGUGCUAACAAGUCAGGGAUGGACUGACUUCAAUCUGCAAUGGAAGAUUCAGCCCACAAAACAGGAGGAAGACAAACUCACAGGACCUCAAUGCAUUCCACAUGGUUAAUAUAUUGUUGUUUGUAGACCUACUAAAUGAUAGAUGUUUUUGUGUUGUUAGUCAAGUAAUUUGUGUAUGUAAUAACACUGCAGCGAAUAGAGGAUACCAAUAUAACAUGAGAUCAUUUGACUUUAUGUAGCAUGCUGCACAUUGAUUUAAGAUUUUAUAUUGUUUGCUGAGUAACUAUGUAAUCAAUAAUGCCUGAUGCACAAACAUGUAAAUCUGAAAUUAUAGGUCAAUGAAUCAAUUAUUAGAGUUUUUUGGCCUAUGUGUCCACAAAAUAAAUAAUUUGGGGCUUUGUUAAGCAACAUUUGAAGACCCUGACCUCGGAUUUAAAGAAAUCUUAAGGGAUUCUUUUGGCUAUUGUUGGAAAUUUUAAAGACUUAAUUAUUAAUCCAAAAAAUAAUGGGCACCGUCUUCUUCCAUUGUAUGUUUGUAUGUAGCAGGCAUUGGAAAGCUGUGUUGAUUUUAAGGUUGUGUGUCUUAAUUGCUGAGAAUUACAUUUUUGCUUUGUCAUGUUAUAAAUGUUUUGGAGGGUUUGGAUUGACUGUGAGAUAAAGUGACCCAUAAUCAAGUUGACCCAUGAAGACUGUUUUGUUACAAAGUGAGUCUGU